GAGAGCCGCCAGAAAGGGCUGCGGGGCUGGGAACAUGGCGGACGACGUCGAUCAGCAACAGACCACCAAUACCGUAGAAGAGCCCCUGGAUCUCAUCAGGCUCAGCCUGGAUGAACGAAUUUAUGUGAAGAUGAGAAAUGACCGAGAGCUUCGAGGUACAUUACAUGCUUAUGACCAACACUUGAAUAUGAUACUGGGAGAUGUAGAAGAAACUGUGACUACUAUAGAAAUUGAUGAAGAGACAUAUAAAUCAACAAAACAGAAUAUUCCAAUGCUCUUUGUCUGGGGAGAUGGGGUCAUACUAGUUGCGCCCCCGUUGAGAGUUGGCUGA